AUGUGUUUGUGCUUUUGGCUGUGGACACAAAUCGUCUUCCAAGGGGAGCUAAAUCCCUCCAACGCGUAUCAUCCCAUUUCCAUGCAAAAUUCGCACAGCCGUUCAUUUGUGGAAAUAAAUACAAUAAAAACUCACCUCCUCUCCGCACCACAGAUCGUUCGCACUCUUGGUACGCGUGAGAAGCCCUCCUCAGAUCCCUCCGCCUAUUGCCCCCCUCCCACCUUCUCCUCCUAUGCUAUCCCCGCUAUCCUCGCUAUCCCCGCAAUCCCCGCCAUCCCCGCCAUCCCCGCCACCCGCCAUCCCACUCCCCAAAAUGUCUCACGCCGCUUUUGCCCCCAGCGUCGUGGUGCCUUUGCACAGCGUCUCCGUGCUUCCCUCCCGCACCCCGCUUCCCGCGCGCACCCCGCUUCCCGCGCGCACCCCGCUUCCCGCGCGCACCCCGCUCCCCGCGCGCACGCCCAGGCCGCGCUCACGCUGCCCCCAAAUGAUCUCCUUCCCCAAGUUCAAGAACCCCCGGCCUACACCUUCACGGUCGGCUACUCGUACCUCGCGCACCCCGAAAAGAACACGGGUGAGGAUGCAUUCUUCGUCGAGGGCAAUUGCGCGGGCGUCUUCGACGGAGUCUCUGGCGCUUUCGAAACGCGCGGGGUCGACCCUCGCUUGUACAGUCAAACACUCGCUGCGCUUACCAGGGAUAAGGUCAGGGAGUUUGGGCCGGAGAAAGUCGUUCGAGCAGCGAUUGAUGCCAGCUUGGAGAAUAACCAGGUAGGUGCUAGCACGGCGUGCGUCGUGGGGAUGGAUGAGUUUGGAAGGUUGUUUGGCAUAAACCUGGGCGAUUCGGGCGUUCGGAUUAUCAGAAACGGCAAGAUGGUGUUCCGGACCAAGGAGCAGCAGCAUUUUUUCAACUGCCCUUAUCAACUGGGCACGGACAGUGAGGACGGGUUGGCGAUGGGGCAAAACGUGCAGCAGAAGCUGCGGCCGGGCGAUUGGGUAGUGCUUGCGACGGACGGGCUGUACGACAACGUCGCGGACGCCGAGAUCGUGAGCGCGGCGUCGGCGGCCGAGGAUGCGGCGUCGCUGGCGGACAGGCUGGGGUCUCUGGCGAGCGCGCGCUCGGUCGACAAGACGUUCCGCUCUCCGUUCAUGGCGGCGGCCGAGAAGGCCGGCGUCGAGUGGCGCGGCGGGAAGGCCGACGACAUCACCGUCGUCGCCAUGGGCAUGGUGGACGACGACGCCGUGCAGCCGACCACGCUGCUCUCGACGCUACCGGAGGCGGCGGAGGUAGAGUGA